GUGGUGGCAUAGACCCUACACUGACAGAGUGGUGACAGAGACGCUGCGCUGCCAGAAUAGUUGGGGACGUGGGGACACUCAAACAAGCAUAGAUGAGUAAAGACGCAGUAGAGGCAGCCAGGUAAUACGUCUGUGACCCCUAUGACCCAGAAGACGGGGAAGCCACAUAUUGGCAUGCUCCCACUACAGCAACAUUUGGAGCGCCAGGGAACAGGAUGCCUAAUAAAAACUGUUCAGCAGAAUUCCAGAUUUUGAUUUCAAACGCCAUUUUAUCUUAAUUUCUGCUUCCAGGAACUAGCUCCCAUCCUUUGUCCGGGUACAGUCUGCCUUGCUGCACUUAUUGCUGAUCGGAAGUUAUUGGCAAUUACAUAUUAAAAGCACCUUCAACUCUCUAUAGACGGAGGGUGUGUGCGUACGAGAGGGAGAGAAAGAGGGUAAAAGGAGGGGGAUCCAGAGCUCACAGAGAGGAGCUCAUGCUUGUGACUCACUCUCAAGCGAAGCGAGUAGCUGAACUUAUCACCUCAUCUAAGCCGGGAUCCCUGGGAAUCUACUAGAUCUCCGUAUUAGCCAGAUCUCUCACGUGGUGAAUAAGGAUCUCGGAAGUUGAAAACCCAUCUGAUUUACCCUGACUGCAGCACCUGGUCUCCUCAGCUAUGUACUCCGUUAUCUCUGCGUGCACUUGCCUAUGUUUACACGUGUUGCUGCUGUGCUUUUGGGUACAGAUGUUUGCUUUUGCUGCUGAGGAAAAUGUGGACUUUCGUAUUCAUGUGGAAAAUCAAACAAGGGGAAGAGAUGAUGUGAGCAGAAAGCAGCUCCGACUUUACCAGCUUUAUAGUAGAACAAGCGGAAAACACAUUCAAAUACUUGGAAGAAGAAUAAGUGCAAAGGGAGAAGAUGGAGAUAAAUAUGCCCAGCUGCUUGUGGAAACUGAUACUUUUGGCAGUCAAGUCCGGAUUAAAGGAAAAGAAACAGAAUUCUACCUUUGUAUGAAUCGAAAAGGCAAGCUUGUUGGGAAGCCUGAUGGAAAUAGCAAGGAGUGCGUCUUCAUUGAAAAAGUGCUAGAAAACAACUACACAGCUUUGAUGUCAGCUAAGUACUCAGGCUGGUAUGUGGGUUUCACUAAAAAAGGAAGGCCCCGGAAAGGUCCGAAAACGAGAGAAAACCAGCAAGACGUGCAUUUUAUGAAGAGAUACCCAAAAGGUUUGGUGGAGCUGCAGAAGCCGUUCAAAUACACCACAGUAACAAAAAGGACUAAAAGAAUACGUCCCACAAAGCCAAGUUAAGAUAACAUAAGCUUAUUUAAUAAAACAACCUUAGUGUAAAUCUAGAGCAAAACAAGAUAGCAUGUUUGUGUCAAGUAUUUAUUCCAAAAGAUAAUUUGUAAAAAGAAACAGAAAACAUGGCACUUUGAUAUAGUUCUGCACUAGAUUUCUGCAAAAGAGAUUUUAUUAAAUAAUCUUUAAUGGGAUCAAUGUCACUCAUUCAACAUUACUGCACCAAAGGAAUAUUUUUGAGUUUAAAAAAUGAGGAUAAAGCUUUAUUUUUGUACUUUGUGUUUAAAAAUGUAACCAGGAAUGCUGGGAGACUUCACUGUGACUUGAAAAGACUUUGUUCUACUUAAACUGACGUAGGUGCUAUCAUGUUUUACAAUGCAUAGCUUCUGAGCAGAUAACCAACAACAAGAACCAAAGUUUUUUUUCUUUCUUUAUUCUCCCUUAGUGAUAUUAAUGAUUUGCAAUAACAUAUUUAUUACCUGCUGCGACCUUUAACUGGGCAAAGUAACUGAGUGAGCACAAUGAGUAAUUGAGUUUCUAUGGAAUUCUCAAUACAGUUUUCAUGCUAAUGACAUAAGGUGUCACAUUUGUGUGAUCCUGCACUAGGCUCACUUUUAAAGAAUGCUGCUAAUACAUUCAAAUUACUUCAUCAUCUGAUACAGUCAAUAAGAACCUGCUACAUAUAAAUGUGGUGUGUGUAUACAGUAUUUGUAUUAGGAUGUGAAGUAUGUUUUCUUUUCUUAUAAGAAAAUUUUAGAAAUCACUUUUGGUCACUUUCCAACAUUUUAGACAUGCAUUUUGUGUAAUUCAGUUUAGUGAAAAAAUUAUAAUAGUUGUGAUUUUCACAUAUGGAAGUUACAUUAUACUGGAAAAACGUGCACUAUGUAAAUUUAGUGCGUCUUUUCCAUGAUCUGUAAUAUGUAUAUAGCUAUUUAUUGCACUUUUGUAUAUACAAAAUAAACAAAGUAAUGCUGCCCAAGUAUUUCAGACAUAUCUAAAACAAAUACAAAG